GCCAGCGCUAGUGUCGCAUUGCUCAGCUCAAUGAGAGAGAGGAUCAGAGCCGCUCUUGAACCUCUCCACCUUCACAUCUGGCCCAACAACAUGGGCCCAACCUACUUAGUAGCAAUUUGAGGUUGGUGCGCAGCAUUGCCAGAUUCCCUGCCGCCAGUGGUGGCACCAGCUCGCACACCGGGUGGUACACUAAGAUACUUCCAAGAGGGCUCACAACUGUUUUGCAGCUACGAUUGAAAGACGUAGCUGCGUGCCACUCUCUGAACCUUGGGUCCUGAAAGCACCAGAGAUCACUUUUCAUGAGAAGGAGCUUGGCUGGCUCGCUCACCUUCCUUGAAACGCUGCGUUGUCUGGCUGGCGCAUUGUUUUGUACAGAAAGCCGCCACCCGCGGCCUGUCAGCAACAAGGGAUCUGUGUACAUAGGCUAUGGGUGACGAGUGGUGGCCUACGGCGGAUGGGGGCCUUGAAUACUUUCAGCACACGGACGAGAGGGCGCCCUUCCGCUGGUCUCCAUUCCGCUGCAACGAGGUGAUGCGCGAUCGCCCCUGGAGCGUCAUCGAAGACCUCCACGAUCGAGUCGCCGCUGGGAAAGCUUCCCUGGACGACGUGUCGCCCCUGUCCGAAUCACGCUCCGAUUCGGACGGUCCUGAAGCAUGUGGACUGGGGGACAAUCCGGACAAGCAGGUGGCGUCCGAGGAGGGCGAGAACGAAUCUGAUUCUUGUAGGGAGUCCAGUAACGGCAGCGAGUCGGCGGGCUGUGAAGCGCCUGAAAGGCGAGAGACAAGUGAACAACGGAGAAAGUCGGACGAUCGGGUUGCCUUCGCCCAAGAAAAGCUUUCGGAUGGGUCUCGGUCCUCCGAUCUUGGCACCGAUCGGAACGGCUGUGCAGUGUUUGUCGUGGACGGCAAAGCAUCAAACGGUCGAGGCGCCUUUGAUGAAAGCGAGAACGGUCUCAGGUCGUCGGCAAGCUACGGACUGAAAUCGGACGUUUGGGGGCCGUCCGUUGAGGACACUUCAAUCGCGGGAACUCGAAGAGCUUCCGAAAGGUCAAAAGAUUCCAAGGGUCCCAUAUCGCUCGUCCGUUACAGAGUUCCGGGCAAUGGUGAGCCGUCCGAAGGGGCGACGCCGGGUUCUCGGAAGCAAUCCGAGCGGCGGACGUUCAAGAUCGAGCUGGCGUACAGCGGUCGGCACUUCUGGGGGUGGCAAAAGCAGACUGGCCACAAGACCGUGCAAGAUGCGCUGGAGCGCGCCUUACGUUCCGUUCUGGACGAUUGCGAAGGCCGGAACGGGAAGGAAUCGGACGGAACCGCCUCCAAACACAACGCAAACGCUACCGUGGCUGGGAGAACGGACCGGGGCGUCAGCGCCGCCGGACAGGUGGUCUCCUGGUAUACCCGCUGUCCAGACGUCAACUGUGAGGUGAUUGCGGAGGCCAUCAGCCGCGAAGCGCCAGCGCGGUUGCGGGCGGUAGACGUGUCUCAGGUGAGCCGCAGCUUCCACGCGCAGUUCUCCGCCAAGUGGCGCCACUACGUGUACCUGUUUCCGCUCAAGGGGGGGGAGCUCCAGGCUGACGGCCGCAUAAGGAUGCAGCCCCCCGGAGCGGCGGCGCCGCACCAACCACGUGACACUGUGAAUACGAUCCCGCCGUUGGUGUUUAGUGUGCAAGCACUGGGCGGGAUGAUGCGGCGAUUGGAGGGACGGAGCAUAAGCUAUGGGAGCUUUGCGCGGGAUACGAGGGCAGAUAGAAGCAGCGGCCAGCACGUGGUCUGCCACCUGUACAAGGCACGUGCCGACGUCGUCACUGUGACGUCACCCUCACACAGUCCACGCGCGCUGCACCACGCGUUGCGGUUCACUCUCAUCGGCAAUCGCUUCCUCCACAGGAUGGUCCGGGUCGUCGUGGCGACAGCCAUUCGAGAAGCGGCUGCUGGUUCUUCAGAAGACGCACUUCUGCGUCUUGCCUCCUUAGAAAGCAGGCGGGCGACUGCGCCGCCCGCACCUCCUGAGGGGCUGACACUCGCGGCAGUGGGAUACGAUGGCUUUAGUUGACGCUGACCAGCGUUUACAAACGACCGAGCUUUUGUUCUUCCCUGAACACAGAAAACUGCUCCGGCUUGCUUGCGAAGAUAGAAACCAGACCGGCAACUGCGCCACCGAAGUGAGGUACGAUGUCUUUCCCUGAAUUGACUCUGACUGCCCCGUUGCAAGUCACCGACCUCUGGGUUUUCCCAACGGAGGAAGGGGGUUGCGGCAGCCUAUUGGAGCCGGCCCCCGCUUUAAUACUUCCAAAAACCAGCUGUCGCACGCGUUUAGUGAGUUAAGCUAGGAGUAUGUAGCAAUUCAACGUACAUUUGCAAGUUCCAGGUUGGACGAAUUGGUUGAGCUGCGCAAGUUUGUUCAUUUCAAAGUCUUGAUUGAGGAACGGACUCGAUCGGAUUGAGUCUCCAAUAGAGCUUCAAUUGGACCGUCACGGCCCACUUGUAUUGUACUCUUAUUGUAUUCUACUAUCUUAAAGUUUUG